AUGGCGGGCGUCGAUGAGUCCCUUUUGGGGACGUUCCAGAAACACAUUGAGGACAUGCGCAAUCUGUCACUCUGCAAAAUAUGCAUCAAACCUUUCUACGAACCCUUCAUUCUCGGCUGUGGCCAUACAUACUGUUAUUCCUGUCUAGCCAGCUGGUUUGGCGGAGCGCAGGGCAGAAAGAAAAAUCGAAAUUGCCCCGACUGUAGAGCUGUCGUGACAAUACAGCCAUCGCCCAAUUACCUCCUCCGCGACUUGGUUCACAUGUUUGUCGGUCGAGUCGAGUUGCUGCCAGAGGACGAGACAAUGGAGGAACACCAGCAGGCAAAAGAAGAGGAAGCAGGCGUACUUGCAGCAGACCGAGCGGGUCCCGGUUUGUUCAAGGGUGUGUUCCUCCGACGACCUCAUCACAUUAUUCGGCCCGGCCAUGGAGUCUUGGAUGAAGAUGACAAUGUUGUCCGUUGCCCCGAGUGUUACUGGGAAUUGGAGGACGGCGCAUGCUUACAGUGUGGCUUCGAGGCUAGUGGGGAUAGUGAAUCUGACUCCGGUGACGACUCAGACUUACCGAGUUUCCGAACGGUUGAGUCAGAGUACGACUCGGAUGGAAUAAUUAUAGCUCCCGAGGGUGCGAUGCUUCGAGAAUUUCAAGAGGACUACUACAGUUCAGCCAGCGACAGUGAGAUAGAUCAUGCUGACGAUUACGAUGAUGACGAUGACAUGGACGGCUUCAUCAACGACGAGCAUGACGGAAUAGACGACGAGAACGACCAUGGCAGCCAAGCCACUUUGACUGAUGGACGUCAUCCCGCCGACCAUCGCCACCUCCACGACCCUAAUGACAAUCAUCAUACAGAUGACACUGGCACGCAAACGACGAAUUAUGACGAGCAAUCAGAUGUUGCGACUAAUUACGACGAGCCAACAGAAGCAUCGGAUCAAGAUGAUGACAUUCGACCAAGCCAAAGAUCUUCAAGAAGAGCCAGACGCAUAGUUAUCAGCGAUGAUGAAGAUAAUGAAGGACAAGACACUUCAAACAGCUCAGCAGAGGAAGGCGAGGACGAAGGGAGUAGUGACGAUUCAGGGCUGGACGAAACUGAUGACGACGAAGAGGGGUUGGGACAUUCAGAAGCUACAGAUCAAGGCGAAACCGAAGGCGGAGACUCUGACUCGGAUGAAUCGGACGAUACCGCGAUACGAACCCCACAAUCUUUCGCACGUCGAAGAGUACACUUACAGAGUAUGCGAGCAAGAAGAAACGAACAUGUUUAUCGAUCUCACAAUCACAGCGAUCGAUUCCAGCAACAGAGCGAUACUAGACACAGAAAUCUUCAUUUCAAUAACCAUCGAUUGACGGCAUAUGGCCAUUCCAAGCGGUGGAACGGCGCGAGCAAUAAUCUCAUCCCUCGGAGUCUUCAUGGGAGCUGA